UUCGACGUAGAACAAGUUAACAGUUUUGUUUGGGUACUGAUUACUGUUUGUCCGAAAGAGAAAGCGAAGGAAAAAUGCAGGCUGCGAAGGAAAAGGCAUCCAACGUUGCCGCCUCUGCUAAGGCUGGCAUGGAGAAGACCAAAGCCGCUAUGCAGGAGAAGGUGGAGAGAAUGACAGCACAUGACCCAGUUGAGAAAGAAAUGGCGACCCAAAAGAAAGAAGAGAGGAAAGCCGAGGCAGAGCUCAACAAGCAAGAAGUGCGCGAGCACAACGCGGCGGCAAGGCAGGCUGGCGCCAACAAGGGCUACACGACGGGCAGUACCGGAACGACGACGUAUUCGACAACGGGAACUCACGGGCAGCCAACGGGCCCGCAUCAAAUGUCAGCGGUGCCGGGCCACGGGAGCGGGCAGCCCACGGCGGAAGUGGUGGAGGGGACGGUGGGGUCCCACCCUAUUGGGACAAACACUGGGACAGGCGGCACCACGGCCCAUAACGCCCGCGUGGGAGGUGGUGCGGCAGGGUAUGGCACUGGCGGUACCUAUAGUUAAGACAGUGAUGGGUAUUUUGUCUCUGGUCGUGUUUUUUAUUUUUCUUUUCCUAAAAUAAUGUUUAAAGGUCAAAAUCAGCGUCGAAGUCAAUCUAUCUGUCUGUAGGGUCGUGGUUUCCUAAUGUGUCUUGUAAUGUUGCUAGUUUCCGCAGUUAUUAUCGAAUAAAAAAGUGGCACAUUUACGUUAA